AAAAUAAUGUCUACAUAUUUACGGUAACGUUCCAGUUCUUUUUCAAACACUGUAACCAGGGGCGGAUGAGGGAUCUCAAAGCAGCGGUGGGACGAAAAGGGGGUCCCCCUCUAUUUACCAAGGGCCCCCUGCCGUGAUGGGCCCGGGGGUAAACGUCCCUCCGCACACCCCCGCCUCCUCCGCUAUACUGACUGUAACCUUGUACCAUGUGACAAAAAAACAUUAAUAGUUCCUCAUUAUACCUAACAACCAAAAGCUACCACUUUCAGAAUAGUACACAACAUUUCGUUACAAGUUACUGGGUAUGUAGAGUAUCGUUUUGAAGACGGUAAAGAUAAGAGGAAGACGCUUCAGUUGUAAAUGUUAAUAUCUGAUGUUGGAAAAGGAAGAACAAGGCAUGCAUAUCACUGCAGUAAAAAAAAUCGGAAUCGAAACACGGAAUAAAAUAAGCACCUUGAACAAUAUUACUAACGCGAUAUACAAAAGAAGGGUUAAAAUGCACACUUUCCUUUUUCAACGUGAUUAAAUUUCAACUCGUGUCUGCAGGCUAGUGUCUGUAACGCCCUGGUGGCGUCAGCCACAGCACCGGCGACAUAAACUGGGCGGGGAGGCGCAGGACUGCCGUCCCAUCGCAAGCUUACUAAGGGCCGGUCAUAUGAAACGGCUGUGCCUCACGGAUACUGAGAUCAGAACCGUGUCGGUUCGGCGUUCCAGCGGACACACAUGGUUCUGCUCCGCCACAUAUCCAUUGCUUUAACCGCCGCGGUGGCCGCUCUAGGAUCGGCGCUGUUCAUCGCCUGGAGUUACUUCUACAGAAGGCGAAUAUGGUCACCUGAGAUGGACUACUGCGUGUUCAAAGAGGAGCAGGAGAAGGAGCAGCGCAAUGAAAAGCAGGUGCUUGUCCUGGGCCUGGACGGAGCCGGCAAAAGCAGGGUUCUGCAGGUGCUCAACGGGACGAGGGGCACGAGGGGCUGCCGCCCCACCAGAGGCUUCAACUUCAUGAGCAUCAGCACUCCGGGGUGCCAGCUGGACUUCCUGGAGAUUGGUGGUGGUGAAGACCUGCGGAUGUACUGGACAGAGUACCUGAGGAAAACCCAUAUCUUGGUGUAUGUGGUCGACUCCUCUGACCGCCAGCGCCUCCCACUGGCGAAAGAGGAACUGCACAGGCUGCUGCAGGCUGACAAGCAGCUCCCUGUGGUGGUGCUGGGGAACAAACAGGACAAGCCCGGCGCCGUUAGCGUCUCGGAGCUCCACGACGCGCUCUCCCUGGGAACAAUCAGGGACGAGAGGAAGGUCUUCCUGCUGACUGCACAGCUGGGCUCUGAGGACCCGAGUGAGUCGGGUGGGCUGCGGGCCUUCCAGGACCUGCUGCUGCAGCUGGCUUGACCCGGGGCCCCAUCUGAGCAGCCGGUUGGGUAGGAGGAAGAAAGUAAACCCUGAGCAUGUCAAUUCAGCUCCAUCCAUCGAGAGUAUGAACCCAUUCUGCUCCACCAAUCAGAAUCUGGGUCAAUUCUGCUCCACCAAUCAGAAUAUCGGUCAAUUGUAUGCCACCAAUUAGAAUAUGGGCCAAUUCUGCUCCACCAAUUAGAAUAUGGGCCAAUUAAGCUCCACCUAUCUGAAUAUAGACCAGUUCUGGUCCACCAAUCAGAAUAUGGGCCAGUUAAGCUUCACCUAUCAGAAUAUGGAUCAGUUAACCUCCACCUAUCAAAAUAGGGGCUAAUUCAGCUCCACCAAUGAAAUAAUGGUGCCAGAACUUCACUUCUUACAGGUGAUUUGGUAUAAACCUGUCUGAAGGGUUCAUGAGCCCAAUAUCAAAGUAAAGCACAAAUCUGUUGUGGCGUACGCGUUUUGUACAUCGCCUAGGCCAGAAAAUGAAAUUAAUCCAAGGCGAUGGGUACAGUUAACACUCCUAUUUCUUCUAAACAUUUAGUGAUCGAGGUAAUUCUGUGAAACCAGAGAUUAGGCUUCUGCCGUGCCAAGGAUGACGUCCAAUGAUAACCGGAAAAUACGUGGAUAAUUACAAAGCUAUCUCUGAUGUAGAAACGGUCAAAAAUGUCAGCAUUUCGAAGUCAACAUGGAUCUUCCCUCUUUCGAUACAAUUAUUGUGCAAAUACCACUCACUUACUGGAAGUUCCGUCCAACACAAGAACUUAAGCUGUGGCCUCAGCCAAAUACGCUGUGGUCAAACAAAUCAUGUUUACACACCAUGUAUAUGAAGGUUGAUAAUUGCUUUGAUUUGUGAAUAGGUUAAUAAGUUAACAGUUUUGGUGGCAGGAGGAACACCUUCAAAAAGAUUAUUUUAAAAUGGCUCAUUCGCACAAGUCACUGGAUUUUUAUUUUAUUGCUAUCUCGUGUUUAAUUUAGCUUGUGCCACAUAUGCCACUUAUACUGCAGAAUUUUUAAAGCAUGCUUGUUCCGCCAUUAACAGUGUGAUGUGGCACUCAGUGUUUUUUAUAGUUAAGUAGCUGCAAGCAGUAGAAGUGGAAUUACCGCAAAUAAGACGCAAAUGUUUCACGCACAAAGUGCACUAAACGGGAAUGUGGCAACGGCCAUUUUUUGCACAUGACCUCCAUAUAUAGAAGGCCAAAAGUACAAGGUAUUUUUCAAUUCAAAUAGCUAUUUAUUUAUGAGCGUGACAUAUUUUUUUUCCCACUCAUGCUGCUAUACCUGUAAUUGCACCAUAAUGGGCUGGGUAGUACUACCUAAACAUCACAAAAGUAUUCUUGAAAACCUUUUUAAAAACAUGUAGCAUAGCAUUUUAGCUCCUGGCAAACCUUAAUAGCAUGCAUAUUUAAGUGUGUAAAUAAAGGUGAUAGAGACAUUAAUGCAGUGGUUCUGAGUCCUGUUCCUGGUGCCCCGCCUCCCUUGCCGGAAUGUUUUCAUUCCAGCCCUGCCUUAAUCAGGCUUAUAUGGUCCUUUAUAGGCCAACAUUUCUGGCAGGGAGCGUGGGAGGGAGGAUUGACAACUACUGCAGUAAUGGAAUCAGUUGCUGGAAAAACGUUACUAAUAUUCAACUUCGAAUUGCACAGAAAAUCCAAGCCUGCCAGAGACCCAGCUGCUCUGCUGCUAUUGCUAACUGUUAUGACCGAUACUGAUCGUCAAAAGUUUUCCUGCCUUUCAAAUCGAGAAGCUAGUGAUUGUACUUGUUCUGCAUGGUCCUAUUGCCCAGCCCUCUUCCGAAAACACUCCUACCAUGUGACUGAUUGUACAAUACUUUAAACCAAGCUGUGAGGAAAUGAGUAACUAUUACAAGAGUACUGGCGUAUUUAUUCAUUGUGAAAAUUAACAGGAUGCAUUCUCAUUAAGCAUAUAUACAUAUUUCUCAUGUAGGACACAAAGACAAAAUGUAGAUCUGUCAUAUUCUGGUUUUAAAUGGUGCUGUGUUUGUCAAAUUAAUGAUUAUACAGAGUAUAUGAAAGUCCUUUUAGCUUGAUUCAAAUAAAAAUGUUUGGGGCACAAA